GACCUCAAUCUUCCAGUAGUUGUACAUGCGCGAGAUGCGGACAACGACACCAUGCACGUUCUGAGAACCACCUUGCCUCGGGAGCACAAGGUCUAUAUCCAUGCUUUUCAGGGUGGCACAGACUUUCUCAAGCAGGCACUGGCUAGAUAUCCGAACUGCAUCUUCGGCAUCAGCGGCAUGGUCUGGUGCAGUGAAGGUGCAGUGCGAAUUGCGCAGAACUGCCCGUUGGACCGCAUGGUUCUCGAGACGGAUGCUCCCUAUUUGGCACCCACUCCUUCAGACAUACCAGAGCUUGCUCGCAAAAUUGCGGAGAUGAAGGGCGAGACAACUGCCAGGGUUUUGAAGACCACCACUGAGGUUUGCCAGGAUUUUUAUGGGUUGUCUUCAUUUUGGAGCAGCCGAAGAUGCGAGGGUGCGUGA